AUAUUUAUCUAUGGAUUAUAUUAAAUAUUAUAUAUAUAAAUUAUACAAUUUUACGAUUACAGUACAUAUAGUUUGAAAAUAUAUUGUUUAAUAAUGCAUAGAAACAUAUUAUUUUUGUCGCGGUAUUUGUUACCAAAUAAUCUGUGUGUACGGUGCGUCGGUUCUUGAACAAAUCACCAGGAAAUGAACAAAUGGAAUAUUUAAAGUCAGCAAUAAACACAAAUUUUCAAGAUUGGCCAGUUUUAAAAGAUAACAUUCUUAGUAAGGAUGGUUCAGUAAAUGAAAAUAAUGUGGAUGCUGUUAUAUUAAAAACUAUGGUUAGAAAUCAGAAAUUAGAUUCAGCAUCAUCCUUCGCUAAUUAUUUGAAGAGUUCCGCUUCAGUUUUAAGUAUAGGAGCCACAAAUAGUAUUUUAGGCUUAUAUUAUGAAAAAGGAAAGAAUAAAUCAUUGUCACCGUCCGAGAAGCAAUUUAUUUUGAACACUUUUAUAGAUUUAUAUAACAAGUACAAAGUUUUGGAUUAUUCAACUUCUGAAUCACUUUUGCACGCUUUAUGUGCUAUUGAUGAAUGGGAAAAAGCUUUAAAAGUUUUAGAUGAUUUAAAAUUAAGUUGCACACCAAGUCAUUCUGCAUACAGCACAUUAAUAGGAACUUUAUUUAAAAAUAACAAGGUAAAAGAAGCUCUUGACAUGAUUAACAGAAGUGUCUCAGAUUUACGUCCCUUGCAAGAUUAUGCAUAUAAAGAAUGGAUGAAUUAUUAUCUUAGGAAAUAUAAAAAUAAAGGAACAAUAAUUAAGCAUUUAGAUACAAUUUGUUCACAUAUUACUAAAAAUUGCGCUGUUAUUUCAAUGGCAACAGCAGAUGAAAUGAUAAAGACCUAUUCUUUAUUAGGAUGGAAUGCAGAAUUUGUAGAAGUUAUAAAGCAAAGGUAAAAAAUCAUAAAAAUAUGAGAAACUUAAAAAUAAUAUUGGUAACAUCAUCAUCAUCAUCAUUUUAACUCAUCACAAGUCCACUCUUGAACAUAGGCGCCCAAGGAGUGCCACAAAGAACAGUCCUGAGCUACCUGCAUCUAUCAUCAUCUCUCAUUUCUUACCAAGUGGUCACCCUAACUAGUGUGUGUUGCACUGCACUUCCUUUACUUGUACAAAACUGCCACUCAAGAACCUUUUUUCCCCCAUUGGUUAUUAGCUUUUCAAGCUAAAUUGCCCACUCAUUGUCACAAUGCUGAUAACAAUUAUUAAUUUUCAGUAAUUUUUUUUUAUAAAAACCCACUUUAUGGAUUAUCUCUGCAAUAUCUAUUUUUUGUAAACAAAUACGGUUAAUACAUAUUAACUUUGUUGUAGUAACAGUAGAUGUUAUUUUUGUUAGUCUAAUUCUAAAUUAUCACCAUUCGGAAAGACAUUUAAGAUAAUUAUGGUUUAUUUAGUUAUUUGGAAUGCUCAUAUAGCAUUUUGAUAUAUAGCUCAGUUUACACCAACAGAUAUUAUUUUUUAAACUGUUACCUUUACAUUAUGAUUAACGUUAGGUAUGGAUGUAGAAAUAAUAAACUAGUUCUUCUUCUUCUUUACUUUGAGGCUUGUCAACAAACUAGUUACAAUAACUCUUGAUCUUCUGUCAAUGUGUCAACUGUUAACAUUCUGUCAACUUGCAGUAGAGAGUAAUAGUGUUAUGUGGUCUAUCAAUCAACUAGUUAAAUUUGUCAAUGAUGUUUCAAAUGUGACUUCUUGUUGAAGAAAUGAGAAAACGGAACAUAUUCGCUAACUUCUUGUUCUAUGUGACAUGAAACAGUCCUUAACUAUUUGAAUAACAAAUGUGUAGAAGAAAGAUGGCAAUUUUGAGUGCAGUUUUUGAGUUCAUACUUCACCGUUUUAGUUGCAACAAGUUGCACACAAGGCAAGAAGAACUUUGCAAGAAGCCUCAGAGAUUAUAAAUGACAUAGUCGAAGUCAAUAAUCCCCCAAAUAUAUUAACUAUGUAUAUAAAGUACAUUUAUAGGGGCAAUUUUAUAUUGUUUCUAAAAUAUUACAUAGUAUUAAAAAAUGGGUAGGAAUUUGUUGAAUGUUAUGGUGUUGAAUCUAAAGUAAGCUGUGUAAUUGUGUGUUAUUGUAAAUUGACAUAAGUUGACACAUCAAUUAGUUAAUAAUUUCAACUAGGUAUUAUUGUUGAUGGUGAAUUAAAAUGAACAUUUUUAUUAUAUUAACGAAAAACCGUCAAAAAUCCCUUGUUAGUUAAAAACAAUUUAGUUAUAUUUACAUGAAUUGUAACUAUUGGAUUAAACUAAUAUAAUAAACAUUGACCUCCUUUUUUAUAGGAUAAGGGUAACAAACGCGCACACAGUCCACCUGACGGUAAGUGGCCGCUGUGGCCCAUAUAUAUCUACAUCUAUCCUCGAUUACAAAUCAAAAUGCAGAUGAGUUGUCACCCGUGAGGGCUAAAAUGGAAUGCCUCAUGUCUAGUAAAAAGGGUCUCCGGUUCUCUAUGCUUAUCAUACAAAACACAGCAGCAUCAAGCCUCCUUUUCUAUCUAGGGAGGCCGUCUGAGUAGGUACUAUCUUCUUUUAUAUUUUUGCCGCCAAAUAGCAGUGCUUGGCUUAAGUUUUGUCAGGAUUUGAACUCUGAUCUUAUAUUUUAUUAGGCAGUUAAGAUGAUACACUUGGUUAUUAAAUUUUUUUUUACUUUUUUUGAAAUUUAUAAUUUUAGUAGAAUUAUAUUAUAAAAAAAAAUAUAUAUUAUUUUUAUACAUUCCAGUGGUCAGUGUAUGUCGUGCAACAAAACAUUAAAAUGUCUUAAAUUAUCCAUUGAAGAAUUUGAAUUACUUCAAAAAAAUAUAAAAGACAAACUUAUUAUUGGAUCGGAUAUGUUUCUGAAGACUUCUCCAAAAGAAUUAAAUGAAUUUUUACAUUUUGUAGAUGAAACUGCACCUUAUGACAUUGUAUUGGAUGCUUUAAACAUUGCUUAUGCAGUAAGCAAACGUUCAAAUAUGGAGAAAGUGCAAUUUUUGAAGACCGUUGUUGAUUAUUUUAAUGGAAAAAAUAAGAAAAUAUUGUUAUUGGGUAGAAAACAUAUGCUAAAGUGGCAUAGAAAAACAUUAGAAUAUUUAAUGUGUAGAACAUGCAGUUUCUUUACUGAGGACAUGUCACAAGAUGAUCCCUUCUUUAUAACAGCUGCUAUUAUGAGUGGUCCUCAUACUGAUAUAGUAUCAAAAGAUUUACUCCGUGGUCAUAGAUUUUUAUUAAAAGAUCAAACGCUAAAGCUACUUUUCCAGAAGUGGCAAUGGCAACAUCAGUGGAAAGUUUUCCUUGCAGGCAGGCGCCCUAUCAUACAGCCACCUUUACAAUUCACACCAUGCGCACAGAAGAACCAAGAUGGUUGGCAUUUGCCAUAUG